AUGACCGCCAUCCAAGCUGUCUUCAUUCGUGGCUACGAAGAACGCUCAUCUCCCAAACCACACACCGUGUAUCGCAUUGACAUUCAAGCAAAUGUUCGAUCAUGGCAGAUGUGGAGAAGGUAUUCGGAGUUUGACGAUCUACACACAGACCUUUCAAGAUCAACUGGAUCACCACCACCCUGUGUCCUACCUCCUAAACACAAGUUCGCAAUUCUCCGCUCCCACUCAGAUAUCAAGAUACUCGAUGAACGGAGAGUAGGGCUAGAAACGUACCUCAGAGCCAUCCUCAGCGCCAAGGAGGACAAGUGGCGGGAGAGUUUCGCUUUCAAGCAGUUCUUGGGCAUACCAGUCGGCAAACAGCAGGCUGGCGAAGCGAGUCAAUUGACUUCAGCUUCUUGGCUAGAUGAACAUCUAGAGCUUCAAUCCCGGCUUCGGGAUGUCUGGGCUGAGAUCAAUAAACGAGAUGCCCUCUCUGAUCGAGGAGACAUUGGCGCAUCCCACAAAAGCAACGUGGCCGCAAAGUCGAAGCUUGCUGGUGUUCUGGCACGAAUUGGGGUGCUGGGGAAAGGUUUGCAGGAACUUGGGGUGGCUGGGAUGAGCGAGGGCGAGCUGCAGCGGCGGACGGACAUGGUCGCACGACUGCAGGACGAUUGUGAAAAGCUCAGUAGAGUCGUCACGAUUGCACGUCAAACAUCCGCCAGGGCUGCGGCACCGUUGUCGUCAGGGGGGUCUCUUGCGUUGAACCCUGCCUCGCAAUCGGACAGGGAGGCGUUGUUGGGAUCCUCACACGCUGCUAAACCUGCGCGACGUGUCUUUGGUGCAUCUUCUCCUCCCAAAGAGACCGAGAUGACACGUCCUUUGGAUAAUGUUGGCUUAGUUGGGCUUCAGCAAGUUCAGAUCCAACAGCAGGAUAACCAACUAUCCCAACUCACAACAAUACUGCAACGGCAGAGACAGCUAGGGGAGGCAAUCGGUAGUGAAAUUGCCUAUCAAAUCGAAAUGUUGGACGACCUCUCUAAUGAGGUUGACCGCGUUGGAGGGAAACUGACGACCACUAACAGGCAACUCAACCGACUUUCUUGA